AUGACAACCCUAACAGACACCGGCCACCACAACUGCCGCGAUUACUACCACCCCCUCCCCACUCCAGCAACAACCCACACAACACCACCAGCCCUCUCCAUGACCCAAACAACAGCCGAUAUCUUGCGCCUACACUCUACCCAAAAGUCACCUUUGAACCAAAAGCCCACUCAACGUUCUUUUCCUUUUCUUCGUCUCCCUUACGAACUGCGNAAAACCAUCUACUCCUACCUCCUUCCCUACACAGAAACAAAAUCCUCAGCAGGAAGUCUGGUUUCCGUACCCACAGGAACUUCCAACGCAGCAUCCUCAGCCCACCAAUUCCAUCUCGCAUCUCUGCCGAGUGCUAAGUAUACGGCAAACACCACUCUCUGGCAUCGAGGCCAGACUUGUUUGUUGGCGGUGUGCAAACAACUGCACUCUGAAUGCUCUGUCCUGCUCUACGGCGAAAAUAUUUUCGUGCUCUGGGUAUCUUACGACCAGAUCCAGUUUCGGUUUCGCUGGGUGUUGGCGAGUGGAUUAGCGCCUUCGUGUACGUUUGACUUNUUGCAGUUGGUCAAAGGUGGGUAUUUGGGGUUGGUGAGGAAAGUGGUGGUUACUGUGGAUGUUGUGGAUGAGUAUACGGGGAUGAUCAAGUAUAAUGUUGGGGGAAGUGGGUUGGUGUAUGGGUUGAAGUUGCAAGUGAGGAAGUUGGUUAGAGCUAUGAAAGAGGCGGAGGGAGAUGAAGGGUUGAGAAAGUUAACUGUGAGGUUGCAAAACGGGAAUAAUGGAGUGCCUGAGNNGGGGGAGAAGAGGGGCACUGGCAAGACUCGAGAAAGAGAGGUUAGAAGUAUUGAAGAGGUGCAAGGGGUUCUUGAGCCGCUGAGGCAGUUCAAAGGACUAAGAGAAUUGGUCUUGUGCGGUGCCAUCACGGAUGCAUACAAGGAGGAGUUGAAGAAGAGUAUGAUGGCGGACUCUGAAAAGACUAAUCAUCUCCACAUCCGCCAGUACAACAAAGCGAGCAAUGGACUCGUUUUCCAGAAGAGAAGCUCCAACUGCGUUCUGGCGACGCAGGUUUGGAAUCACAUCCGGUCCCGUUCUGACCUGAAGCCUCAGACGAGUUGA